UACCGCCGAGAGGGGGAAUUGAAGGAAUAGGAGGUGCCAGUUCAGUUUAUUGCUUAGGGCAUGCGAAUGUGCAACACUUACCUGUGCAUGUCUGCCUGCGGAAUUUGCACUGCAUGGGAUGUUGGGACGUUUGCUUUGUGUUGCAAUCGUGGCUGCCGGGUUUGCUCACACAUGUUUUGCCUUCUCUUACAGUGCAAACGUGCUAAAGUAAUUGUUCAUUGAUGACAGGCGUAUUGUGGACCAUUGAACUCCUUCAUCUUGCAAACGAACUUUUACGUGACAAAUGAAUGGACUACUGCUGCAAUACAUCACUGGGGCAAUCCUAACUGUCCUUCUCUAUUGAUAGUAGUUGGUAGUUGACGAAACGCGGUUACAGUAAAAGUUCGUUUGCUGCUUCCUUUUCCAGUCACUCAAUGAACACAAGCUGAACAAGCUUACCUUCUGUCCAAUGUAAUGUCCCAUCCUUGUCAUUGGUAUCACUGAAGAGGAGAAUUGAAGACAAGAUGGAUCAACAGAGGGUUCAAGUGCAAGAGAAGAAGACAACUGUAUGUGAAGGGUCACGACCAACAAGAGGAAAGAAGAUGACUGAAGCUGGCAGAGAAUACCAAUGUGGUAUCAAGACACAGGCAUAUAACAGAUACUGCAAGGAGCUUAACAAGCUGUCAGUGCGCAUACUGACUGAAGAUGGUAUGGAAAUAGCAGACGAUAUCAGUCAGGAACUUCUGGACAAAUGGAUGCUUUGCCAUCAGGAGUUCCUACAGAUUGAACAGGAACUCCAAGAACUGCUGGAUCCUGAAGACAGACUCCAACAUGACAAGAAACAUGGCCAGCAACUGGAAGAAAUGAAAGUGAUUCUUGGUCUUCUAAGACAACAAGAUCCAAGAGGGCUUCUCUGCCGCCCGUAUUCAAGUGCUGCACCUGGUGCAGUUGGAGGACAGGGUGUGACGCAAGAGACGCCUCAAACCGACCUCAGGAUUGAACGCGAUGAUGACAACAAAAGCGCUGCAUCUCGAAAGAGCACUGCAAGCUCGUUUCGUGCUAAGCUGCUCGAAACCCGCCUUCAGGAUGAGCGUCAGCGAGCUGAAGCGGAAGCGAAGAUGGCUGCUCUCCAGAGUAGGAGGAAACUGGACCAAAUGAGACAGGAACUCGAAUGGAAAGAAGAAGAGCUUCGGCUGAAGACACAAAUUGAAGUCAGUGCAGCACAGAGGGAAGCUGCAAACCGGAUUGCAGAGGAAGAAGAAGAGAUGUUUGUUAUGGAAACAGGAGCAAGACCUCGCAUGUGUGUCGAACAUCAGCAAGCUCCUGCUGCUAUGCAUGAAGCCGCAACACUGAGAAACUAUCAAGAAACUGAAGGUCCAACCAUCGACACAGCUGGCCUCGGUAUCAGUCGCUCAACAAGAGUUCCGUUGGACGCAGUCGGUGAUCCGCAAGGAAACGCUGAGAUGACAUCUCAAGAACAACUGCUGACGGGUCUGUCAACGCUGUUGUCAGCUCAGAACAAAAGAAGUGAUCUCCCUAAGCUGGAGCCAGACGUUUUCAAGGGCAACGUUGAAGACUUUCCGCUUUGGUUAAAGUCGUUUGAGUCCUUCAUUGAAAGCAAGACCGAGUCUCCAGUUGAACGGCUGAACUACAUGUCUCGUUACACGGCCGGAGAAGCGAGGAGUGCGAUACACGGACUGCUGUGCCUCAGGACCAACGAUGCGUAUGACCGAGCGAAGGCACGCCUCAUCGAGCGAUAUGGGAACAGCUUCAUUACCGUCACAAGCUACAAGAAAAGACUGAGGGACUGGCCUGUGAUCAAACCGGGCGACACCAAGGCCCUGCAACAGCUGGCUGACUUUCUAGAUGGGUGUUCUGCUACUGCUGAUGUCGUGCCAGGCAUGAGAACGCUAGGCGAAGCAGAAGAGAAUGCAAUGAUCUUGAAGAAGCUGCCGAGGUACAUCGUCGAUAAGUGGAAAAGGAUCGUGGACAAGAAAAUCUACGAGCCAGAGCCUGGCCAAGAACCGUGUUACCCAUCGUUCGAUGAAUUUGUCACAUUUCUUGCAAGAGAAGCAAGAAUCGCCUCGGGCCCCGUGGCGAUGCUGGCGACCCAGGAAGAGACGCGGAGCCAGCGUCGCCCGCAAACACAACCCGCUAAUGGUAGAGUCAGGACCUUCCUGUCAUCAGCAGGCGCCCCCAGGCCGGCAACUGAACUACGUAGCGGACACACUGGAGGCUCACUGGAUCCGACGCCUAUCAAGUGCUUGUUGUGUCCAGGACGACACAUCACUGGACUUUGUGAUGUCUUCAGAUCUAGCUCGUUAGAUGAACGUCACGAGCUGGUAAAGAGAUAUCGUCUCUGUCGCGGUUGUCUUCGAGCUGGCCAUCGCUGGCGUGAAUGUAGGCGCAAGGAGACCUGUGACAGAUGCGGCAAACGACACCCGACCCUGCUGCACGACGAACGACUGGCCUCCGUGCACAGGGAGACACAAGAGAAGAGAUCGGUCCACGAUGGAUCUACUCAGACUGCAACGUCACUGCAGGUGACAGCCGAACGAGGGACGACACCCUGCUCACAUUCGAUGAUCGUACCCGUCAGGAUCUGGCACAGACUUCAUCCGGAGUUGAACCUGGUGACGUAUGCAGUUUUGGAUUCACAGUCGGACGCGUGCUUCCUGAAGAGCAGCGUUCGGGACUCUCUGCAAGCUGACGGUGAACCGAUACAGUUGGAGCUAAGCACGAUGGCCGGCAAGUCAAGGCUGGAGUCACUGGCUGUAAAGGACCUGGUCAUCGAAUCCCUGAGCACAGGCACCGAGAUUGAACUACCAACCACGUACACACGGGAUGACAUUCUUCUUGAUCGACAGCUGAUCCCAAGGAAGUCAACAAUUCAGGCUUGGGAGCAUCUCACAGAAGUGGCAUCGAGCCUACCGAGGUACUAUGAAGAGGCUGACAUCGGUCUGCUGUUGGGGUUGAACUGUGGUGCAGCCAUCAAGCCUCUGCAAACAGUCACAGGUGGAGACAACGAACCCUGGGCAGUUCGCACUGAACUGGGGUGGUCUGUUGUGGGCACGGUCGAGACACCGACGACGCCCUCUUCAGGCUGCUACCUCGUCAACGUGGGUAGUGACGUCACUAUCAGGCGACACUUUGCCUUCAGGAUGCAAGUGAGAGAAGUUACUCCAGAACAAGUAUCACAUCUCUUCGAUAGUGACUUCAAGGAGGUCUCAAAGGGUGCCAAGAUGUCACAAGAGGACAUGAGGUUCGAGACGUUGAUGAAAGAGCAGAUGGUGCAGGGAGAAGAUGGACACUUCGUAGCACCGCUGCCGCUGAAAGACCCGGACUCUCAGUUCCCGAACAACCGGAUCAUGGCAGAGCAGCGUCUUGCUUCCCUCAGGAGACGCUUGCUAUCGCAGCCGCGCUUGAAAGAAGAGUAUCAAGCAUACAUGCAGGAUAUGCUCGAUAAAGGCUACGCUGAAGCUGUUCCGGAUGACGAGCGAUGCCGUGACGACGGGAAGGUAUGGUAUGUCGCUCACCACGGAGUGUACAGUCAAACCAAACAGAAGCUGCGCGUAGUGUUUGAUUGCAGUGGAGAAUUCCAGGGAUGUUCCCUGAACAACCAGCUCAUGCAAGGGCCCGAUGUGUCCAACAACCUGUGCGGCAUCCUGACUCGGUUUCGAAAGGAGCGCAUCGGUAUCACAUGUGACGUGAAGGGCAUGUUCAACCAAGUCAGGGUAGCCCCCGAAGACAGAGACCUGAUAAGGUUUCUAUGGUGGGAGAACGGCGACAUGCGGCGAGAGCCAUCCGAGUACCGGAUGACGACACAUCUGUUCGGCGCUUCAUCUUCGCCGGCGUGCGCCAUGAGUGCCCUGAACAAGACAGCCGACCAGUACGAAGAAGUGUUUGGAUCUGACGCGGCAGACUUCAUCAGAAGAGAUUUCUAUGUGGAUGAUGGUCUGACGUCGACUACCGAAGAGAAGUCAAGUGUGCAGCUGGUCAAGGACACGAUCAGCAUGUGCUCGAGUGGAGGUUUUGAGCUGCAUAAGUUCACAUCCAACUGUCCCGAGGUGGUGGCAAGUGUUCCCGAGAGCCGGCGUGCAAAGUCCUUGGAGCACGUGGACAUCUCUGAAAGGACUGUCAUUGAACACGCACUCGGCAUGAAAUGGAAUCUUCAAGAAGACUCGUUCCACAUAAAUACGGACAUCUCAGUGAAGCCGACAACCAGGAGAGGAAUCCUCUCCAUGGUCAGCUCCCUGUAUGACCCACUCGGCUGGGUGGCCCCAUUCACACUUCUAGGAAAGAACAUUGUGAAGCAACUGUGCUGUGACGGGCGUGACUGGGAUGAGCCUGUUCCGGACCACGUCGAGCCCCCGUGGGAGGAAUGGAAGACGGACCUGAAGCAGAUCGCAGACAUCUCUAUUCCAAGAAGGUACGCCUUCUCUGAGCACAGCCUGGCGGACUGCAGAUGUGAACUGCACCACUUCUCGGACGCAAGCCUAGAUGGAUAUGGAGCAUGCAGUUACUUGCGUAUCAUAGAUCAAGAUGGAUCAGUUACAACGUCACUGGUCAUGAGCAAGAGUCGUGUCACACCGAAGAAGUCAGUGACAAUCCCAAGACUGGAGCUGGCUGCAGCUGUGGUAGCAGUGAGGACAAGUGUCUUCCUGCGAAGUGAGCUCUGUCUGCCAAACCUCACCGAACACUUCUGGACAGAUAGUUUGGCCGUGUUGGGUUACGUUCAAAACGAAAGCAAACGGUUCCACGUCUACGUGGCUAACAGAGUGCAAGAGAUCAGACAGUUCUCGUCAGCCCGACAGUGGAGGUAUGUCCAGUCAGCGGACAACCCUGCCGACCUAGUCUCACGCGGGAUGCGGGCCGACAGUCUCAAGACGAGCACCCUAUGGUGGGAGGGCCCCUCCUUCCUGAAACAGCCCGGAAGUCUUCCGGGUGGUGAAAUCAUUGUCGAGGUGCCCGCAGAUGAUCGGGAAGUCAAGGCGGCGGCAUUCCAAAGCGGAACUAGUACAGGACAGCUGCCGAAGUCGUAUGGUACGAUGUCUUCAAGACUGUCGUACUUCUCGAGCUGGUAUCGGGCGAAGAGAUCAGUGGCCCUUUGUCUUCGCUACAGAACGCUCCUCUUGGAGAGGAUCAGGUCCAAGAGUGGCGGCAAGUCGGAGAAAUGUUCACCGAGUGGACCGAGAAGAGAAUCAGAUCCAGUCAGUGUGAAGGAGAUGCAAGAGGCCGAGAAAGUCAUCCUGAGAGCAGUACAGGAAGAGUGUUUUGUGAAGGAAAUGAAAACUGACGCAACGAAGAUGACUUCUGGAGUGACAGCAGACGGUACCAGCUCCCUGAAGCGGUUGAAUCCGUUCGUUGCGGACGAUGGACUGCUGCGCGCUGGGGGACGUCUCAGGAGGAGUAGUCUGCCCUUUGAAGUCAUCCAUCCAGUGAUCUUGCCGAAGGAAGGUCAAGUCACGAAGCUGAUUGUCUACAAUGCUCACGAAGAACUGCACCACGCAGGACGUGAAUCGACUCUCAGUGAGAUCCGGCACCGUGGAUAUUGGAUACUCCAUGGAAGGUCAGUGGUCUCGAAGUGCAUUUUGGGGUGCAUCCAGUGCCGAAGGAUCAGAGGAAGUCCUUGUGGCCAGAAGAUGGCGGAUUUGCCAACUGAGCGAACGGAAAUGUCGGAGCCUUUCGAGUUCUGUGGCGUGGACGCGUUUGGCCCGUUCUUCGUACGAGAGAAGCGCAGUGAAGUAAAGAGAUGGGGUCUGAUGUUUACCUGUUUCGCUUCCCGAGCUGCUCACCUGGAAGUGAUCAGUUCUCUGACCGCUGACUCAUUCAUCAACGCAUAUCGUCGUUUUAUCUGCAGGAGAGGUCCCAUCAGGCGUAUAUACUGCGACAAUGGAACUAACUUCAUUGGUGGGAAGAACCUGUUGGAGAGCGCUCUGAAAGAAGAGGAUCACAAGCGAAUCGCUCAGACACUCAGUAAAGACAACUGCGACUGGGUGGAGUUCGCAUUCAAUGUGCCAUAUGCGAGCCAUAUGGGAGGCGUUUGGGAACGCCAAAUCCGAACGGCGAGAACGGCGCUGACCAGUCUGCUGAGCGCUAAUGGUCAACAGCUCGACGACGAACUUCUGCAAACUCUUUUCGCCGAGGCUGAAGCCAUCAUCAACAGCAGGCCCUUGACCUACUGUAGCAUGUCCAGUAGUGAUACUGUGGAGCCAUUGACACCUCUCCAACUCCUCACCCUAAAAUCAAAGGUCGUCCUUCCUGCCCCUGGGAUGUUCUGCUCCGCGGACCUGUAUGGGCGACGACGGUGGAGGAGAGUACAGCACCUCGCCACCGAAUUCUGGACGCGGUGGCGACGCGAGUUCCUGCCGUCUCUGCAGGAGAGGCGGAAAUGGCAGCGGCCAGAACACAACCUGCAGGAGGACGACGUUGUCAUCAUGGUUGAUGACAGCCAACCGCGAGGCGCCUGGCCACUAGGCCUGGUUGUGGCGACGUACCCGGCUACGGACGGACUUGUGCGAAGGGUGCGAGUGCGUGUAAACGGUCAGGAGUAUGACCGCCCCGUGCACCGUCUCAUUUCUCUCAUGAGACGUGGGCAGUGUGAUUCCCAGUCGGGGAGUCAGUGAGUCGAGCAGCGGGGCUGGAGAUUUCAGCUCGCGAUCUUCGACGGAGCUGGAACAGAGUGGUUCGUCGAAUCGGCCGUUGCGGUUUUUGCGCGGACUUUGGGCGAGUGCUGAGACAACGCGGCCAGUGAUUGCGGCACCCGGCGGAGCGGCUGCAAAGAACUCAGCUGUGAUGGGGUGUUUGCGGAAGUUAUCUUUAAGUUUGUUAAGUGCGCCUCUGUGCAUCCGGGAUUUGUUCUCAGGAUCAUAAAAUCCUCACCGGAUUUUGGGGAGCCAUGUUACCGCCGAGAGGGGGAAUUGAAGGAAUAGGAGGUGCCAGUUCAGUUUAUUGCUUAGGGCAUGCGAAUGUGCAACACUUACCUGUGCAUGUCUGCCUGCGGAAUUUGCACUGCAUGGGAUGUUGGGACGUUUGCUUUGUGUUGCAAUCGUGGCUGCCGGGUUUGCUCACACAUGUUUUGCCUUCUCUUACAGUGCAAACGUGCUAAAGUAAUUGUUCAUUGAUGACAGGCGUAUUGUGGACCAUUGAACUCCUUCAUCUUGCAAACGAAGUACGUAUCCAUACGUUUAUGUGUUAAAUGUCUGCGGUCAACUGUGGCUACGCUAUGGAGUCAUUUGUUUUCUAAUGAGCUGGCCACUACUUUGAAUUGACACUGAUCACAACAGAAUGUUCAGCAGACGCCAGACAGUACAAAAUGUGAAUGAUUGCUUGUGAAUAAUGCACUGUCAAACAAAUCGCUAGAAUGCUUGCUCGAUUGUCUUGUCCGCAUAGCUUCUUGCGCAGGGCUGUCGUGCAUGAAUCGUGCAUGAGCACUGCAUGAGCUUCAUGUGACUGACGGUGCGUGAUCUGUGCGUGUUUGUUGCAGCUUUUACGUGACAAAUGAAUGGACUACUGCUGCAAUACAUCACUGGGGCAAUCCUAA